CCCUCCCUUCUUCUCCUCCUCCUUUUCCUCCAGUCUGCAGCAUACCUCUCUCGUCCUGCACCGUUCAUGCCAUCCUAAACCUGAGCGAGAGCAGAGGAAGCAGCAGAGCCACGCGGCUUUGUUUCCAAUAGCAGCUCCUGUGUUUUCCGCCAGCCUCCUCCGUGAAUCAGCACCAGAAAACCCUGCAAAUUUAUCAGACUGCUAUCUUCACUUAAAUCCAUUAACAUCAACUUAAAUAACUCAAUCUAAAGUUGUGCGGCAACUUGAAAGAAAGAGAGAGACUUCUUGAGAUGAUAACCAACUCCUGGAUAAUUCUGACAAAUGACUCUAAAAACACUGACCCUGAUAAGGAAGAGCAAAAAUUAAAGUAACUCUUAAAACUCUGUAAAUGGCCUCAACCCCUGAACGUGCUUAAUAAAAAAGUCAAAGAUGAGCAUUCCAACUAAUUUUCAUGGAUUGAGGGUCAGUGUUGAAAGAGGAGAGAAGAUUGGAAAUAAAACCCAUUUCACCUCAUCAGGAGAUGAUAAUGCCAAUCAAAUAACUUCAGCCACUGACCAAGAAGGAGGGGGUCUGGUUGAGGUUACAGGGUACAACACAAGCUCUAUUCCUCCACUGGUUCGUCAGAGUGACUCUCCAGACAAAAUUGUAAUCUGGGGAUCUGAGCAGCAAUGUAUGGAGCCUGAGCUCAGAGAAUUUGAAAUCCACACAUUCUUAGGAAACCAAAGUCAGGAGGAGCAUAACGAAGAGGAAGAUGAUGGAGAAAGCAUGAGAGAUGGUAAGGAUGAGGGUCCCAUGUCCAUAUCCUCAAGUUCAACGGCCAGUUCUGCUUCAACCGGUGUCAGGCGAAACUACCACCACAACAGGGAAGAGAGCAGAAUACAGAGGAGCAAAGAGAAACGCAUUGCCUGUCACAGUACUGAAGAGCUGGAUACAUACGUGACAGGCUCAGUAGAGAAAAGAGACACCAGAACAGGCAGGGAUAGACGGACAGGGGGUCUGAAGGAAUCCAAGUCUGAGACAAAUGUGUUUGUUUCCAGUCUGUCAGCUGUUGCUCUUGGUGGAAGUCUGUCUAGUGCUCUGGAUUCCAGUGGUGAAGCAUCUCUUAUUUCCCUACCCAACCCCAAGACAAACCUUUUUCCCAACACCAACUGUUCUACCUCAGCCCAGACCAGCAGAAGGACAGCUUCCCUAGACACCAAUCAGAAUUCUCCACCAUUUCGUCCUCAAGGGAGAUAUGACUGUCAACAAUACUAUGGCCAGGAACAGAGACUGGAGGAAAGGAGUCAUCAUAGAAACGGAAGGUCCUGUGAUGGAGCACUGGGCCAAAGGAGAAGGACUGGAUUUGAGGAGAGGGUACUGCCACCUCGACAGCAACAGCUCGUCAGACCCCUCUGCCAGACAGAGAUGAUAAGAGACAGGAACUUGCCAGAGCCUAAAACUCAGCAAACUGGGACAGUGCUACAUUCCUCCAACAAUGCAUCACCAGAGUCACACAGCAGCAGGUCAAGCAGAAAGCUUACAAAAUCUGCUUUACGGGAACCGUCAGACUUCUCCCACCUUUACAACAUGAGUGCUGUCUCCCAGCUAAGACAGACUAACCAGGCAUCCCAUAGGGAGGUUCCACCCAUGGAAAAACAGACAACUACAACUGCACAACAUCUAUCUGGUCCCUCUAACAUACCCACUCUGGAAAACAAACCUCAGGCUCAGCUCACUUAUCGAAGGAACUGCUCCAGUCCCAACAGGACUGGAGUUGAAUCCAGGUCAUCUACCCCUCCUCAAUCCCCUCUCAGGACACCACAGGGCUCACCACGCAGGCAGCCCUCUAUGUACCUCAUUUCCAGGAAUGUCUCUGGAGCUUCUAGGCACAUCCCAUCAGGAUGCAACCCAGCUGUACCAACCUCAGCUCAGGGCUAUGGCAACAGUUGUUUGAGAGCUCCAGUGAAAACAAACAUAAGCACAAGUGGAAUCCCAAAAGCGCCUCUUAACAUCCAGCAGAGCUCCUCUAACUCUAACCCCAAAGAGAACUCUCCAUCACCUAAACUUAAACCUAAAGGAAUCCGCCCCAAGAUCAUAACGUCUGUUCGAAAGAAUCCUCAGUUUAAACUCCAAGCUGCUGAUGGACCUUAUCAGGUCUCAUCUCUGCCAUCCAGACUUUCGACUUACACUCACAGCCAACCACCAGCGGCCUUUAAGGACCCAUCUAAAGACCCGCGCAGAAACCCUGACGCUGAAACCCGAGGAACCCCUGUACUUAGUGCCUCCAACCCACUUUACGAUAAAUAUCGCCAAGAGAUGCAGGUGAAUAGUUUCCCACCAGGGCUGCCAAACAGGAGCAUUAGGACUCCUGGAAACACAAACACAGUUCCCCCAGCACAUGCACACAGCCACAAUGCAUCCCCGAAACUGAGCGGAAGGGUGGAGAACUACUAUGGGACAUCAUCUGAGGUGGGGCGAUCCAACAGUUUAAAAGGCAUCUCCUCUGAAGAUGCAUUGCAGGGCAGGACAGUUACACAGGCUGAGGGAAGUGGAAGUCUCAUUCGUUCUGGCAGAGGCCUCCGUUUGGGUCUUGGAGCCGUCACCAGGACAACUGCGGUUUCCGUCAAGACCCAUGGACCCAGUCAAGGACAGAGGUCGGCGUCGAUCUUCAGCCAGCCAAUCCAAACCGUUAGCCCAGCGAUCAGCCAGAAAAGCCAAGAUAAUACAGAUGACCAGGUUUUCAGCCAUCAGGCUCCUGUGGCUCCUCCUGCUUCCACAGCAGCGUCUCAGCCCCCGUCUACAGCUUCCAGAUCUCUGCUUCCCAAAGUCAGUCAGUCUGGGUUGCGGGCUCCAGGUUUCUCCUCCAACCGUCUCCCGGCAAGCCGCCUGGCAGCCUUUGGUUUCGUCAGGAGUUCCAGCGUCUCCUCAGCGUCCUCAGCCCACUCCGCUGACAGCGUGCAGAGUGAUCCCGGCAGGACAGCACACCGUCUGAGUGUGAGUGAGGAGCCUCCGCUCCACAGAGUGACAACGAGCCCACCAUCAACAGAUCAACAGAGGGAUCCGCCAUGUCGCAGCAGCAGCCUCCAGCCCCCUUCUACCCCAGCGUUACCACGACGCUACCUGCCACCCCAGCCAAGAAGCUCACCUGGAGUUGGCAGAAAGGAGUUUCAGCGGAGUUCAGAGGUCACACGUUCUCUUCCUUCUUCGCCAAAAAGGUUGGCAGUGGUUCCCCCGAAACUCCAGUCCCCAGUCCAGCCCGGGCAGCGACCUGCAGCGGCGGUGCGGGGUUCCACUCCUUCAGGGUCACCUCGGCGUGUGGCUCCCCUGAGGCCGCAGCAGGAACACCAGGAGAACCUGCAGAAAGAGAAAGAAGAGGCUCAGCAGAAAGAGCAAGAAAGGCAAGCAGAUGAAAAGGAAAAGAUGGAACAAAUGGAGGAGGUUCACAGGCUACAGAGGUACUGCAACCAUCAGGAGAGGCAGCUAAAGGCUCUGAGGGAUGAGCUGCAGAGAACUUCUCUAGGUCUUGAUGCCUUUAUCAUCACCACUCAGCAUUAUUGCCUCAAGAACAAAACUGCUGAGGAAGGUCAAAGCGAAUUGUCCUUGGAGUUGAAGAAAGCUAGAGAAGAAAUGACUUCCCACUCGGUGCGCUGGGAGAGGCUCCAGCAGGACAAAACAGCGCUGGAGGUGGCAUUUGAGCGCGAGCUGCAGGAGCUCCAGGUGCAGCAGGAGGCAGAGCUGGCUGCGGUGGAAGAAGGCCUCAGGAAGUGUCACGCUGCUGAGGUGGAGCACCUGAAGGCGGAGCAUCGGUUGGAGAUGGAGGAGUUGACGACUCAGCAGCAGGAGCAGAUGGAGGAGGUGACAGUUAACCACCAGGCAGCUAUGCAGGAGCUUAGAGACAUGCAUAAUAUCACCAUGGCAACACUCCAUGAGGAGCAUGCUCGUACCAUGAGAGACUUGAGAAAAGCUCAUGAACAACAGAAGCUCCUCCUAGAGGAAGAUUUUCAGAAACUCAGGCUGUCUUUACAGGAUCAAGUAGAUACGCUCACAUUUCAAAACCAGAGUCUAAAGGACAAGGCCAAACGCUUCGAGGAAGCUUUGAGAAGGAGUACAGAUGAACAAAUCAUUGAUGCUUUAGCUCCAUACCAGCACAUUGAGAAAGAUCUGAAGAGUUUGAAAGAGGUUGUUGAGAUGAAAAAUCAGCAGAUUCACCAGCAGGAGAAGAAGAUCUCAGACCUGGAGAAAGUGCAGGCUCAAAAGAACGUGUUUCUCGAAGAGAAGAUCCAGGUUCUGCAGCAGCAGAAUGAAGAUAUGAAGGCUCGUAUUGAGAUGAACCUCGCUACGUCUAGGCAACUGACAGAGGAGAACGCCAACCUGCACGACUCUGUGGAGAAGGAGAGCACUGAGAAGAAGCGCCUGAGCCGCAACAACGAGGAGCUGCUGUGGCUUCUCCAGACCAGCCCCCUCAUAUCCCCGGCCUCGUCACCGCUCCACCGCUCCUCCUUCUCCACCUCCCCUGUUCCCUCCUCCCCUCUGUUCUCCUCCUCGCCCUUGGCAGGGUGCGACUCGCCCACCCACUGUCACGGCUGUCCCAGGCAAGCUCAGUACAGCUCCCCAUCGCACAGAGCUGCCGUCAAUCAAAACCUCUCUCCCGGACCUGCCACGCCCACACACAGGGCGGCUUUCAAUCACAACUACUCCUCCGGCCCGAACACGCCCACUCACAGGGCGUCGUCAGGUUGCUGUAACUCAAACACCUCUUUGCAUAAUUAAAAGCAGCUUCCAAAGCUCACACAUUUCCCGUUUUUUCUCCAGCACUCCAAAUCUUUUCUUUGUAGGCAUGUAUGGUGUUACAAAAAAGCAACUAGAACCAGUUACCAUAAUACUGUACAGACACUGUGAACCACUCUGACGGUGGUGUUCGUGAUGCAGAGAUUCUAUAAGUUAGAUAUACAAACACAAAAAAAUGCUGGCUACCACUGAAUUUUCCAGUCAGAGCUUCUGACUGUUCAAUGUGUGUUCAUGUCUUUUUAAUUGCACACUGUAAAUAUUGUUAAAAUUAGAACAGGUGUUGUUGAUAGAUAAACCUCCCAUGCAUGUGUCCUGCAUAGUGCAAAAUGUAGAGAUGGAAAUUACGCAUUCAAUCCACCAGAAUACGAUACUUUGAUGUGGCAAAAACGCAUUCACACGCACACACACACACGUCAACACACACAUGCAUCCUCAGUAAAAUAAGCUGUUCUCCAUUAGAAUAAAAUGUGGAAGGAGAGUCAGUUCUCUCCUUUCAUCUGGACUAAACAAAGCGCCUUAAACUUGGUCCUACCACCUCACCAGCAGAGAGUGACCAAUGUUUUGUUUAUAAAGGACUUCGGUUCAAGAAUUGGUUUGUAAAUCGAAGCAAAUUGCCUCCUCGAGUUCUAUUUGAGUGUUUCUAAUUAGCUCAGUGCUGAUAGUUUAACCUCCUCGGAGCCAUGUUACCUGCAAAAUACUGAGAACUUUGUGUAUUUUUUACAGCCUUGCCAGGUCUUCCUUUACAAGACAAGCUCCUCUUUACUUCAGGUCCCUCAGGUCAACUUGCAAAAUCUGUGUUUGCUGUUUUCUACGUACCUCGGUGGGAAUGUGCAGUCUGUUGUGUCUCAACAACAGCAAUCACAACACAACAGUUAACGAAGCGCUUGGAGCUAAAGGAAACCUCGCACAGGAUUUAUUGUUUUAAUUGUUGUCUAUUACUUUAUAGUACAAUGUUUAACUGAUUUAUUUAUUACAUGUCUUUUGCUAAUUAAGCAAGCAUGUACUGUGAAAGUCUUCCAGUUUUAACGUAAAAAUGAUUAUUGCUGUUAUCUAUUUAUCGAUGCUGAAAUGUUUAGAAAAUAUUUGUGUGUUUGUAAGUUUAAAAAUAUUUGUCAUGGGACAGAAGUGGAAUACAGAUAUAUGACCCCAAUAGAGCAGAUAAUCUGGAGAUCCCAACUAUAUUGUACAUUACACUGGUUUGAAUAUGCAAAAGUAUUCACAUCCCUUAAAUAUUUUCACAUUUUAUGGCAUCAAAACUUCUUUGUUUUUAUAAGGAUUGUAUGUUAUAGACCAACAUCAAGUAACCAGAUUUACUCUCAUCCAUUGCAAGUAGUUGUCCAUUUUAUUAUUUUUUUUUAUAAAAUUGCAUGAUAGCUCUAAAUCAGCAAGGAUGCAAUUGUGAACACCCACUUUCAAGUCUCACCACAGACUCGUAUGGAUUUAGGUCUGGACUUUGAUUGCACCAUUCUAGCACAUGAUUAUACUCUUUGAUCUACAUCAUUCCACCCCCCAAUGUUUAAAGUCCUUGUCCUUACUUUUUCCAUUUUGAGAUGAUCAACAAAACAGUAUUCUGUGAGGUGUGCUUCGUAUUUAAGAUCUUUUGAAGUUGAAAAGAUCAGUUUUGUUCCAUUUCGCCUAACUUUGUGUUUGGUCUAUCACAAAAAUCCUAAUAAAAUACACUAAAGUUUGUUGCUGUAGUGUGACAAAGAGUUCGAGGGGCAUGGAUUCUCGGUAUCUGUGGUGCAUGAAUGCAUAGUGUUUUAUUUCAUUGAGUGAACAGAGGACAAGUUUAGAACAAACAGGGCACAAAUUACUGGAUUUGUCCAUGGCUGCAGAAAAUUCUAGAUUAAACUUCGAGGGGACUGUCUUGUGUAAAAUGCGUCUAAAUUAUGUAGGUAAAACAGAAAAACUUUGUUUACCUUUUGUGAUGUGCUUAAUUAGUGUAGAACUUGUAGAACCUGUAUUUGUAGUACCUCUUCAUCCCCUUUUUUGUAAUAGUCCUUAAUUUACAAUUGGUAAUUCAUUUAUACUUUUGCAUACUAAAGAAAACCACAGCAUCAUAGAAUAUCUCAUUCAGGGAAAUCUGAGUUGUAAUUCAAAAGAUUUUCUUUCUUUCUUUUGUACAGCUGCCCUGUAAAAACAAUUUUAAAAAUUUCCCCCCAAAAUUAUUUUACAAAACGGCAGAGCACACCACAAGCCAACUAUGUUAUGUCUGCUUCUCAUGGUCUUUUUCCUGGCUUAAAAUAAUAUACUGUAAGCUACAGAUCUUUAUCCACAAAAUUGAAACAGUUUAAACUUUAGCCACUGUAAAUAGAUAGAUCUAGAGAGUCGGUGUCAACAGUUUUACUACCAAGGGGAGCAUGCAUUUGGAUUAGUAGUUAUUGUAGUCGUAUUUAUUGGUAAAUAAAGCGAUAUUUGGGAAUUGAAGUAGUCGGGUUUAAUGGGGUUUUAAUGUGGAGAUCCGGUGCUGGUCAUUAAAAAACUCUCUUGAAUACUUACUCUGCAAAGAAAAUGUAAAAAGAUAUUUACCAGCACACUUGAUUUGAAUGUUUACACCUCAGCAGGUGAGCUUCAUUUAAACGUUAUUGGACCAGGCUUUCAGUAACAACAAUUCUCCAGUAAAGAUGUGUGCAAAAGCCUUUAAAAUAAAUAAUAAAUUCUUUUUUUUUCCUCAAUGGUUUUCUGACAGAAAGUUUUGGAAGGUAAAGCUAUACUUCAGCCUAACUUUAAUGCAUUUUCUCUUGUCUUUCCCAUGCAGAAGACUUACUAGCAAAUAUUGGCCCUUGUGUCAUGGAUUACCCAUUAAAAGUUUUUCACCACUGCUGAAUUCAAUGAUUAUUGUUCAAAUUAAAAAACUGCUUCUGGAUUUUGAGAAGUACUUUAGAAAUGCGGUUAAAGUAAUCCUCCUACCCCCUUAUUUAAUUUAAAUGAUGGAUUGCUGCAGCAAUAAAAGAAAUAUUUAUUAUAAUGCUUUUUACACAUCUUUACUGGGGGUGAAUAAAAGCUACGGGAGAUGUUGGUCUGUAACUUCUUUACCAGCACUUUUUGAUGGUCUUGAAAAGAACUCUUUUCAUUACACUUUGACUUUUUGUAUGAUGUGGACACAGGGUUGAAUGCUCCUAGCAGAAGAAUGUCAAAUGCAGUGUUCGAGAAAUGUAUUGAAACGGUCACAAUUCUUUUAUGUCUUUUUUCUACACUGAUGAUUUUAAGAAUGUCUGCUCAAUUGUAAAAAGGAAAAAAUAAAACAACAAAAAAACUAAACAAAACAAAAAUACCCACACAAAAAGAACGAGGGGAAAAAAUACCAGUCAAAAACUGUGUUUUCAGAUUGUUUUGGAUUAUUUUUCCUCACUUACAACACUAAAAGAUUCCUCCUAAAGGUUCACCUCAGGUGCAAAAACUACAGUCUACAAAGAUGCAACAAAUCUAUUGUUUACAAAUGGCAGCAUACAGUUCUGAAUUUCGAAAUAAGUCUUUUGCAUGGACUACAGUUUCUAAACCCUAAACUGGUAUUGUAAAGACCCUGCAAUGUGUCCCGUGGACAUUUGUGUCUCACUUUGCUCUGAAUGUCAAAAUUGUAAUGAUUGCAUUUUGUAAAACUCUUUCAUGCCAUUUUGUUUACUAAAGAAAGACCUCUUUUGUGAUCAUUUUGUAGCAGCUAUUGAAUAUGUAGCAUUUGGACAAAACUACUCACAGAACAGCGUGGAUAAUUUAAUAUAUUUGGCAAUGUUUUUAACACUCAUGUUGGUUUCUAAAUGCUGCUGUAGCACAUGUGGCUUGUCAACCUUCAAUUCAAUUACUAAAAUUUAUAGAGGUGAUCUUUAAAACUUUAGCUCCUAUGGAUUUUGAUCCUGAGACGAGCUUUUCGGUGCUGAUUGUAUGUUUGAAUGUAAAUACAUUUACAACAUGAGUUGUGUGUCUUAGUGCACCGACAGAAAUAGAAGCAUGUUUUCUCAGCCUUUGCUGUCCUUGUUCUACUUUUCUCUUCUUUGACCUCUUUGCAUUGUCCAUGGUUAGGUUGUAACUGUAGCGUGGGGAGACGUACAAGAGAAGGAAUAAAAUCAUUCAUCAAUGUAAUAUGAACACAGUAUGUUGAUGCCUUUGUUUGUCAUUUACGGGGGGAGAGGACAAUACUAAAGUGUUUAAGAAAAGGUAA